AUGUACCACCACAUCAGGUGCCAGAGCAUCCUCCCUGUCAGCACCCUGGGGCUGCACCCCACGGCUGUGGCUGGUGCUCCCUCCCUGGGGCCAGCACCCCAGCACCGGGACCAGUACCAGGACCAGCGCAUCAUCUCGGGACCAGCACCCCAGCACUGGAACCAGUACCGGGACCAACACAUCCUCCCAAGACCAGCACCCCAGGCCAGGAUUGACUGGGACGGCUUCCAGGGCGUCAGAGUGAUCGCGGUGCCCGGGAGCCAGGCGUAUGCCAGAAACCACGGCGUCUACCUUGCCGAUGAGCAGGGGCUGGUGUGCGACAUCAUCUACAAAGGCACGGAGGCCCAGAUCCAGCAGUGCGCGCGGCCCGACGGCACCGUCCCCCUGGUCUGCGGGGUGGUUUUCUUCUCCUCGGACGCUGCCGAGCAGCUGCUGGCCACCCACGUCAUCCCUCCUCUGGACGCUUGCACCUACAUGGGGCUGGACUCGGGGGCACCGCCCAUGCAGCUCUCCCUCUUCUUCGACAUCGUGCUGUGCAUGGCCAGGGGGGUGACAGAGGAGGAGUUCCUGAAGGGCGGUGGUGACGCCAGCGUGAGGAGCGCCCGCUCCGUGCUGUGGACAGCUCUGCGUGCCUUCCCUCUUAGCAUGGCCUGCAUCCCCGACGCGUCCUACGACUACAUGACCACCUCUGCAAGAGACCACAUCUGCAGCCUGACGCGCCUGCCCGGCUCUGCCAGCCACCUCCGCUUCUGCAAAACAGCCCACUCCCACGUGGACGUACGUCCGUCUGUCCUCAGCCUUGCUCACGCACGUUUCUGGGGGGUCGCUCCGGGCUGCGCGGCCGCAGCCCGGUCCCACGUGCCUCUGUGCCCUCGGCAGCAGCCCUGUCUCCUGGAGGACGGCUCUUCGGUCACCAACUGCCUGCUGGAAGGAGCCGUGCGGCUGGCGGCUGGCAGCGCCAUCCAGCACUGUCACCUCCAGGGGCUCGUGCCUGGCAUUAAAAUCGGGAGGUCGAAGGCCCAGCUGCCGCUCCGGGUGGAGGGGGAGGAGAUCCCGGUGCCUGAUGGUUUUACCCAGACCCUCAGCGAUCACUUGCUGCUGGUGUACACGGGGAAGACUCGCCUGGCCCGCAACCUGCUCCAGGACGUGGUGAGGAGCUGGUACGCCAGGCUGCCCUCCGCCGUGCAGAACGCCGACGCGCUGGUGAGCAACGCCGAGGAGUGUGCCCGGGCCUUGAGGCAAGGUAACCUGCCGCUUGUCGGCAAGUGUCUGGACCACUACUGGCAGCAGAAGAAAUGCAUGGCCCCGGGGUGCGAGCCGCUUGCCCAAGGGCGGGAGCCGUUGGCCGUCAGGCACAUGAUGGCUGCUCUCCAGCCCUACGUCUACGGGCAGUGCUUGGCCGGCGCUGGUGGCGGUGGCUUCCUUUACAUCUUAACCAAAGCCCCGCGGCAGAAAGAGGCUUUGCACCAAAUUCUAGCAAAAACCGAGGGACUGGGCAACUUCAGCAUCCACAGCAUUGAAGUGGACAUGGGUGGUUUCUCUGUGGAGGUUGUGGGAUGUGAGCUGGAGGACGGUGCUCGCCCUGGAGGGGAUGUGGCUGUGUGA